CUAUGAAGCUACUGAGAUACUGAUAUAGAUCAAUGGAUCAUCAAAUCAGUGUAAUUUUUUUGGGACUUUGGCUUUUUCCACAAGCUUUUCUUCUCCCAUUAUCAAACAGAAAACGCGUUGAUGAUCACACUGUUAGUUUACUCAGUGAUGGAAGUGAAGAUGAGGAGCAUACGUCCAUGGAUGUGUUUACCCAAAUUUUACAGUCCAACAAAGGAAGCAUGAUGCGAUUGUACCAUGGAGACAUAGCCAUGAACCUUGGGUUAAGUGCUACAAAAUGUACUGACUGUCUAUGGCCAAAAUCUGCAGAUGGAAAGGUCAACAUCCCUUACAGUCUCUCUUCAGAUUUCACCAACAAUGAGAAGAAGUUCAUAGAGAAGGCUCUGCAGGACUUCACAACACUGACCUGUAUUCAGUUUGUGCAACGCUCAACAGAAGAGGCCUUUCUAGACAUUGCCUCUGGAAGUGGAUGCUGGUCAUAUAUAGGGAAAACUGGAGAAAGCCAGUUUGUAUCUGUGUCAAGGAAUGGAUGCCUGGCUAGAGGAGUAAUUCAGCAUGAGGUUCUGCAUGCCCUUGGCUUUUACCAUGAACAAAGCAGGAGUGACCGAGAUAAUUAUGUAGAUAUCAUGUGGCAGUACAUCAAUGAGGGUGAUUGGGAAAACAUGGAAAAAAUUGACACAGAGAACCUAGGAAUUGAAUAUGAUUAUUCUUCAGUGAUGCACUAUGGCAGAUAUGCUUAUUCUAACACUUCUGGUAAGGCAACCAUAUCCCCAAAACCAGAACCUUCUGUAACCAUAGGACAAAGAUAUGGACUGAGUGAAUUAGAUGUACAGAAAAUUAAGAAGCUCUAUGACUGUGAACUAUGCAGUUUCUUGCUCACUGGUAUUAAUGGAUCUCUGGAGUCUGAGAACUUUUAUUCUGCAUUUUCAAGUGCAUCACACUGCAUUUGGCUAAUAAGAGUCAACAAAAAUAAGGCUCUCCUGCAGUUUGAUACAUUUGAUGUUCAUUUAUCUACCAGCUGCACAACAGAUUACAUCACUGUGUAUGAUGGAGCUAGCCGAGAGUCUCCUGUUCUGUUAGACAGGGUUUGUGGUAAUCAAGAGAUCCCUCUGCUGGUAGCAUCUGGAAAUGACAUGCUGGUUGUGUUUGCUCAUGGCAUGACUCUUGGAGAUACUAAAUUCAAGGCUUUAUACAGUUCAGUGGAUUGUGGUGGAACCUACACAAAAGAUAAUGGCACAGUAACCUCUCCUGGAUACCCUGAUUUAUACCCCAAUUAUGCGAAUUGUGUCACUACCCUAUGGGCUCCAAAAGGGCAUCAGAUUGUUUUGAACUUCACUUUCUUUGACCUGGAACUUUCCACUGAAUGUUUGUACGAUUACCUAAUUAUUAAUGAUGGAAGCAGAACAACAUCUCCAGAACUGGGCAGAUUCUGUUGUGACGUUCAUGUACCCACUACUGUGGUUUCCAGCGGAAAUGUGAUGCUUCUUCAGUUCCACAGCGAUAUUUGGUUCAAUAAACUAGGCUACAGUGCAGACUACUUUUUUGUGAAAUCUUCAUAACUCUGCAGAGACGCUAGUGGUCAUGAAAACUAGAAGAAAUCAAGAUAAUUAAAUGUUUCUUGGCUUUCUGUAACUAAUAAACUUUAGAAUCUUAAGAACGUUCA